CCUGAAUUCUUUCUAAAGUCUUCACUGGGCCAGCCCCAGUGGCCUAGUGGUUAAGUUUGGGCGCUCCACUUUGACAAUCCAUGUUUGGUUCUGGGUGUGGAUCUGCACUACUCAUCUCUCAGUGGUGUGGUGGUGGCUUAUAUACAAAAAGAGGAAGAUUGGCAGGGGAUGUUAGCUCAGGGCAAAUCUUCCUCACCAAAAAAAAAAAAAAAGAGAGACUCCUCUCCAGAAAAAAAAAAGUCUUUGCUGGUUAGAAACAAAUACACUUGAGAACCACUAUUACUGAAAUAGCUGUCACAAAGCCCAUGUCUGCAGAGGUGCUGAGCCAGUGACAGGUAAUAGUUUACUCACUGUUUAUAUAUAUUACUAACAAUAUAGGGUUUAGGAAAAUGCAAAGGGCACAUGAUACUUUUCAUUGUUAUUUUUGUCAAAGGUAGACAUAAUAGAAAACAUUUUUGGUACUUGACAUUUUAUUUAAAUCUGACUUUGAUUUAUGUGUGAAGGAAUUCUCCAUAUAUGUAAGCCAGGUUAAUGAGGGGUGCCUUACAGCCAAGGGUCACAAACUCAAGUGGCUACAGUGGCCCAGCAAGUAAUGGAAUUGAGGGAAAAGGUGGGCUGUAAACAAGGGGGAGUGGUGGAGACCGUGCCCAGCUGAGAGAGCAUGCUGAGAAGAGGGGCUUCUGCUCCAUUGCAGAAGAAACACAGUUUCUGUGGCCAUGUCUUUAGUUCCCUGACACUCCACCCUUUUCCUCUUCCUGUCCCAUCCCCAGCAGCUAGAAAUCCAUAGUUUAAUUUAAAAUUCCUUCAUCUUUUUUUUUUUACACACUGGCCAAUAAUUAAACACACUUACACUCAGGUACAGAGCCAAGCAAAGCAAUGUGGCCUGUGGCCUUCUAGUUUGAAACCUCUCUUGACACACAUAUACGUAGGCAGCAAUUAAUAUUUACUGAGCGCUCAUGUGCUAGGCACUCAGCGAAACCUUUUGCAUUAAUCAAAAUAUUUAAGCUUCACAACAAUUGGGUGAAACUAGUAUUAUUUCUUUUUUAUAGAUAAGGAAUUUUGGCACUUGGACUAAGUAACUUGCUGAGGCCAUGUAAAAGGCUCCGCAGGUCUUCAAACCCCAGUAAUCUGACUGCAGAACUUUGAUGCUUAACCGCUGGGCAAAGCUGAGUCCCUGGAUCUCUGUGUCCUACAUAUGCCAUAAGCACACACACAAAACAUGAAUAGCCGGAUACAAAGGGUAGGUAGAGACUGUUGUCUGGUCUGAGCACAUUUGUGCGCGAUGAUACAGUUUGCGUGUAUGCGUACUUGAUGUGAUAAAGCCCUGGAAGACCAUCUGCUUUCACACCUUAUAAGAUUUUUCUGAUAAAGCUCAGUGAGGCCACUGUAACACGUUCACAGGGAGUUUAUAUUUCUCUUAGUCACAAACGAGACAUCCUGAGCUGUGGGGCCACCAUGGUCUCUGUCCAGGGGCAAAAGUUCCCUCUCUUCUCGUUGCCAUAUUUAAGCCCCACCCAUGGAAAUGCUCCAAGUCCUGAGUGAUGAUCACUUCCUCUGGGCAAGGGUAUGAAGAAUAAAAGUAAAUCCAGCAGGAGGAGUAAAUCCCCAAAGACAGAGAUAAGUACUUGAGGUCAGAGACUGCAUCUUUUAUAGUUUGUCUACAUACCAAGCUCAUUAAUAUGAAUAAUUGUCUUAGCUGGAGUGGUGGUUGUAGCAAAAGGAAUACCAGAAACUAGUCUUGUCGUACAUUUUUACAUCAACUCUUUCAUUAUUCCUAGGACUCGGGGAGACCUCUUUGAGAAGUGAUGUGAAAUCAGCUUUCUCCUAUGUUUCUCCUUUAUUUCCCCCUCUUUUUCCUACCCACCUAAUACAUUUUUCAACCUUAAAAUCUCCAGCCUAUCGAGGUAAAACUUAAGAGACUGCAGAAAGAAAAACAAAAACGGUGUGCAAAAAUCUAUAUAUUUAUCCAUUUAGGUUCCCCCCCCCGGAGAUCUUGGAACACCAUUAGACGCUGUGAACCUCUUCAUGGUUUAUUCACUUGGUGUGCAAUGGGAGAGAAAAAAGAGCCAGUUUCUCUGGCAGUAUUCUUCUCAACACUCUGUACCCAUCAUUCAGAAGAGGCAGAAGUGGAUGUGAGAGAAAGAGAGACACAGAGAGACAGAGAGCCAAAGAGGGCAAGAGACUUGACUUUAAGAGACUCCUGUACUGACAACUCCAUGCAGUUCGGAACCAGAACGACUGCGGCUGAACCAGGGUUCAUGGGGACAUGGCAAAACGCUGAUACUAACCUCUUAUUCAGAAUGUCCCAACAGGUUCCAGUGGCAUGUGCUGGCAGAGUGCUGGGUGCAGACUUUUGCCCAAACCUGGAGGAGCCAGACCAGAGGCUGGAAGUCCAGGCCAUCCGUUGCACACUGGUAAACUGCACAUGUGAGUGUUUUCAGCCGGGGAAGAUUAACCUGAGGACUUGCGAUCAGUGUAAACAUGGCUGGGUGGCACAUGCCUUGGAUAAGCUCAGCACACAGCACCUGUACCACCCCACCCAGGUGGAGAUUGUGCAGUCCAACGUGGUGUUCGACAUCAGCAGCCUGAUGCUCUACGGGACACAAGCGGUACCCGUGCGGCUAAAGAUCCUGUUGGACCGUCUCUUCAGUGUCCUGAAGCAAGAGGAGGUGCUGCACAUCCUGCACGGCCUGGGCUGGACUCUGCGGGACUACGUCCGGGGGUACAUCCUUCAGGAUGCUGCCGGCAAGGUGCUGGACCGCUGGGCCAUCAUGUCUCGAGAAGAGGAAAUCAUCACCCUUCAGCAGUUUCUGCGGUUUGGAGAAACCAAAUCCAUUGUGGAGCUGAUGGCAAUUCAGGAGAAAGAAGGGCAGGCCGUAGCUGUACCAUCUUCAAAGACAGACUCAGACAUAAGGACUUUUAUUGAGAGCAAUAAUCGCACCAGGAGUCCCAGCCUCCUCGCUCACCUAGAGAACAGCAACCCUUCCAGCAUUCAUCACUUCGAAAACAUCCCCAACAGCCUUGCGUUUCUGCUUCCAUUCCAGUACAUAAACCCCGUCUCAGCCCCACUCCUCGGAUUGCCUCCAAACGGGCUACUAUUAGAGCAACCAGGACUGAGGCUGCGGGAACCAAGCCUUUCCACCCAGAAUGAAUAUAAUGAGAGCAGUGAAUCGGAAGUCUCUCCCACACCUUAUAAAAACGAUCAGACGCCCAAUAGAAAUGCCCUGACCAGCAUUACUAAUGUGGAGCCCAAAACCGAGCCAGUCUGUGUGUCCCCCAUUCAGAAUUCCGCCCCAGUCAGUGAUCUGAACAAAACUGAACACCCAAAAAGCUCAUUCCGGAUUCAUCGGAUGAGAAGGAUGGGGUCAGCCUCUAGGAAAGGAAGAGUGUUCUGUAAUGCAUGUGGGAAGACAUUCUAUGACAAAGGUACUCUCAAAAUUCAUUAUAAUGCUGUUCACUUGAAGAUCAAACAUCGAUGCACCAUCGAAGGUUGCAACAUGGUCUUUAGUUCCCUCCGAAGCCGUAAUCGCCACAGUGCAAACCCUAACCCUCGCCUUCACAUGCCUAUGCUAAGGAAUAACCGAGACAAAGAUUUAAUUCGGGCCACAUCAGGAGCUGCCACCCCCGUCAUAGCAAGUACAAAAUCAAAUCUCACACUCACAAGCCCUGGCAGGCCCCCAAUGGGUUUUACCACUCCCCCACUAGACCCUGUCUUACAGAAUCCUCUCCCUAGCCAGCUGGUGUUUUCUGGGCUAAAGACUGUCCAACCAGUUCCUCCAUUUUAUAGAAGUUUACUCACUCCAGGGGAAAUGGUGAGUCCUCCAACCUCCCUCCCAACCAGUCCCAUCAUUCCAACCAGUGGUACUAUAGAGCAGCACCCCCCACCACCCUCUGAGCCAGCAGCGCCAGUAGUGAUGAUGGCCACUCAUGAGCCCAGUGCUGACCUGGCACCCAAAAAGAAGCCCAGGAAGUCCAGCAUGCCUGUGAAGAUUGAGAAGGAAAUUAUUGAUACCGCUGAUGAGUUUGACGAUGAAGAUGAUGACCCCAAUGAUGGUGGAGCUGUGGUCAACGACAUGAGCCAUGACAAUCAUUGCCACUCCCAGGAGGAGAUGAGUCCAGGCAUGUCUGUGAAGGACUUUUCUAAGCAUAGCAGGACCCGGUGCAUUUCAAGGACUGAAAUAAGAAGGGCCGACAGCAUGACUUCUGAGGACCAAGAACCGGAGCGGGACUAUGAGAACGAGUCUGAGUCUUCAGAGCCCAAACUAGGAGAGGAAUCCAUGGAAGGGGAUGAGCACCUUCACAGCGAAGUGAGUGAAAAAGUCCUGAUGAACAGCGAGAGGCCUGAUGAGAACCACAGUGAGCCCUCUCACCAAGACGUCAUCAAGGUGAAGGAAGAAUUUACAGAUCCCACUUACGACAUGUUUUACAUGAGCCAGUACGGACUGUACAAUGGUCGGGGGGCCAGCAUGGCAGCCCUACAUGAAAGUUUUGCCUCGUCUCUGAAUUACGGCAGCCCUCAAAAGUUCUCCCCAGAAGGUGACCUGUGUUCUAGCCCAGACCCCAAAAUCUGUUACGUGUGCAAGAAGAGUUUCAAAAGCUCCUACAGCGUGAAGCUUCACUACAGAAACGUUCACUUAAAAGAGAUGCAUGUCUGCACGGUGGCUGGUUGCAACGCCGCCUUCCCCUCUCGCCGGAGCAGAGACAGACACAGUGCCAACAUAAAUCUGCAUCGUAAACUGUUGACCAAAGAACUCGAUGACAUGGGCCUGGACUCAUCGCAGCCCUCCCUUAGCAAGGACCUCCGGGAUGAAUUUUUGAUGAAGAUCUAUGGUGCCCAGCACCCCUUGGGGCUCGAUGUCCGGGAAGACGCCUCCUCUCCCGCAGGGACUGAAGACUCCCACCUGAACGGGUAUGGGAGGGGCAUGGCAGAGGACUACAUGGUCCUUGACCUGAGCACCACCUCCAGCCUCCAGUCCAGCAGCAGCAUCCAUUCCUCCAGAGAAUCCGACGCAGGCAGCGACGAGGGGAUUCUUCUCGAUGACAUUGAUGGGGCGAGUGACAGUGGGGAGUCGGCACACAAGGCUGAGGCCCCUGCCCUCCCUGGCAGCUUAGGGGCUGAAGUUUCAGGAUCUCUGAUGUUCAACAGCUUGUCCGGGAGCAAUGGUGGGAUCAUGUGCAACAUUUGCCACAAAAUGUACAGCAACAAGGGGACGCUGAGAGUGCACUACAAAACUGUGCAUUUGCGAGAAAUGCACAAGUGCAAAGUCCCCGGUUGCAAUAUGAUGUUUUCCUCUGUGCGAAGCCGAAAUCGGCACAGUCAGAACCCUAAUCUCCACAAAAACAUUCCCUUCACUUCAGUAGAUUAGUCUCAGAGCGGACACUACAAAUGCCAGCCCUCACCACAUGGCCAACAUCUUUGAACUGCCAUAGUCAGUGUGUGCUUGUGUACUUGGGGGGGGAGGGUGUGCAUGUGUGUGUGUGUAUACACGUGUAUGCCUCUGUGUCUACAUAUAUAUACACACACAUACAUUUUCUUUAGAUAUAAACACUAGGUGCUUUUGAAAUUUUCUUUCUUUUUCCUUUAUAGUUUUGGUUAAAGGGUGGGAUCUUUAAUUUGGGGGCGAAAACAAAGUAUCCUUUAAACACACGUACACACACACAUAAAAUGUGCAAGUAGCCCAAAUUUUGACAGGAUAAUAAUUCUUGGUCCUCUCCAAAGAGACAAUUUGUUGUACCCACGACUGUUGCCUGCAAAAAAAUAAAAGGGAAAAAAAAAGAAAAAAGAAACAAAAAAGGAACUUGUUAUAGUUGUCUUCUGUGAACUUUAAGGUUUUGAGAGAAUCUUCAGUUAAAGCAUGGCAGACUCAUCUGUAAAUAUUUCGCCUUGAGGGGUCAAUGAUGUAAAGCAAUUGUACUGAUGGUUGUUUAACUCUUUGUUUAAUUUUUACAGUUACAUCCAGCUGUUAGAUAUGCAGGAAAAAAAUAGUUUGCUGGCUAGCUCUAUUCAUUUAUGUUAGCAUUAAUGCGCAUUUUUUUUUUUAAAACAUGGUCUUGUUUUUACUACCUGCUAGAUAUAGUGAUAAAGCGGUGCUGGCAUGCUUUACAGCACAGAUCUGAUUUUUUAAAAUGUCCUGUACUAGUACAUAAAUCCAGUCAUGCACUUUUUUUCAUACACUACAAGGGGAUGUGUAAUAUCCACGCUUCUUUUUUAUCCUUAAACUGUUGCCAUACUUCAAGUAAGUGUCUUUUUAAAAAAAAUUCACUUGUAUAAAAACGGUCUGGUCAGUAUGGGGCACAAAUGCCAAACAAAAGUAUUAGUGUUAACACAAAACUGCCAACUUUGCACAAGUUUCCAGAAAAGAAAAUACAAUUAGUCACUCAACAUAACCACAGGCCAAUUUGUUGGCCACCAGAAAACCGCUUUAACAAAAAAAAAUACUUGGUGAUUCUUUCAAGUGCCGAAUGUUAUUAGAAUCAACAUUGCAUCCUUCUUGCUUAUAUGCUAAGUUACAUAAAAGGAAAACAAAAUUAUGUGGUGUGAAACAGCCAAGGCAUUUAUUCUUUAGAGGCAGGAUAAUAUUUCAGGAUACAAAAGCCCAAAUUACUCACUAUGGAACAAAGCUGAAUACAGUAAAAGAGUUGAACACUCGUUUCCAAGGACCUAACCCUUAUCCUUUAAAAAGAAAGGAAAAGCCUGCGCUGGGUUGGUCUGUUGUAUGGCUGUCUAAUUUGUUGCAAGUUCUGCAGUGGUACUACGAGUCAGGCCCGUGUGACAGACAAAAUCAAAAGGCGUGUCACUGCAGCCGGACUUGGCAGCUUUGAACACACGUGCUGAACCUGAAUUGAGCAACACUCCUUUCUGCACAGCGAGAAGAAGGGGUUUUAAAGUAGGGUCUCUCGCUGCUCAGCGUCUUGUGUUUCCCACACGAUUUGUCAGAGAGAAAUGAAAGCGAGCCUGAAACCAAGCAAUUGAGAGUGAGAAAGAGGGGGAGACGAUGCUCCAAACCUUUUUUGUUUUGUUUUGUUUUGUUUCCGAUGUUUACACAUGUUGCCUGCGCUGGUUAACCACAUCGGCAGCCUCAGCUACCACAGCGUGCUGACUGAAUGAUGGUAUUCACUCAAGUUCAGUCUGCAGCCAAGACCAUUAGUGUGUGCAUUGCAGACCUGUUGUGUUGUCUUUUUUUUCUUUUUUUUUUAGGUGGGGGGUGGGGGAGGGGGAGAGAAACCAGGAAUAUUUUGUCAAACAGUACACAAUAACUUAAAAAGAAUGUAUUUCUUUUCUGCAUUUAAUGGCCUCAAACAUUUCUCACAUCGAUCUAAAAGUUAGAAAUACUCCCUUUGUUUUAACCUUUCACGUCAUUUCCAUUUUUCAUAUGUUUUGUAAUUUUUUUUUCUAUGUUCACAUCAGCAUUCACUUCCGUUAAAUUUGCCAAAGGAAACUGUUAAUGUGUUUCUGUUGUUAUUAUUAUUUCUGUAGGAUUUAUUGUACCUCACAGUAUUUAUUGUUUCCAAAAAUAAGCAUCAUUAGUUGAGGAUUCAGUAUUUUUAUUUGUGAAAAUUCCCGAAACAAUAGAUUCCUAAAGAUAAGCUAGACACGUCUAGGAGCUUUAUCUUUUCAUCUCCUUCAGAGGAUGCUCUGAGGUGCAUUUGAGUCCUCAUUUGUUUUACAGUGAGGAAAGACCAAAAGUAUUUGCAGUACAAAAGAAAACAUAGCAAACACUAUGUCUGUUAAAUGACAAAUGUUUACGGUAAAAAAGCUGAGGAAUUAGUGAUAACCAUUUUUGUUUUCUUGUACUUUUGAAUUCCCCAAAGUCUUAAUUGCUUUAUUUUGGUGUUGUGUUAAAUUGAAUAGACAGAGAUGUUUUCCUUUGUUUUAUACCAUAUAAGACUCUGUACAGUAUGUUUGUGAAAGAUGGAACUAGAAUAAUGAAAGUUUGUUUGCAAACACUUUGGUCCUCUUAGCCUUCUCUGUGUUGCGCUGCUGCCCUAUAACAAGAUGAUUCGAUUCAAAAAGGGUGGAAAAAAUACUUUUAGUAUCCCGGCAAAAGAUGAUGGAAAUACUAGCUUUCAGAGUGUGUGUAGACUGAAUUAUACCUAGUUUUAUAAAAAUAACACGUUUGUAUUUCAGCCGUUUGUAAAAGUUACACUCUUAGUUGAGAUAUUAGAACUCAUCCUGUACAAAAUCAAUGUUUAGUCUGUUUAAUUUAAUGUCAACUAAAAGGUCAAAGAGCCCUAGUGAGUGAAUUACAUAGCUGUCAGCAGGUCACACCAGCAAAUGAACAGGCUUAGAGCAAAUGUUUGUGACUUGCCACAAACCAGGCUAAUGUGGAGAGCCAGUUAGAACAAGUCCAGAGGUGAAGUAAUGAGAUUCUCGAAGGAGAAUUUCCCUGGCUCGGAAACACGAAUGUGUUCACCUGCAUUUUGUCAGAGAAACAGCAGUGAGUCCUGGACAGCUUGCCUUUUUAAGUAUCUCCCCUCUUUGCUACCACUUCUCUGCCUCAAGUGCCCAGUUGUUAUGGUGGCCUUCCAAAUGGGUGAAGGACAUUUUCCAAUAUAAAGCCUAUUUGCUUAAAAGGGCAGGGGGAAUGAAUGGAAGUGGUACAUAAAGUGUAAAAUCAUGAAUGUACAAUGCUUCUAGUCCCAAAGUGGUGCUUGGUCUUGGGUCUGUGCCUGAGUGCAGGCUUUGACUUAACUCUGAGUCUAGUUAGGAUGGUGAUGGCAAGGCUUCCUUGCAAAUGGGCAGAAUAAAGAGAUCUGCUUUUUAGUCAUUGAGCCCUUCACUUUGCCCAUUCCUAUCAUUUAGUUUUUCAUGGGUGUCUCCUAUUGAUUGUGAAAAAGUUUCUCUAGUUGCAUCCACUCUAUGCUGGCCAAAAAUUAAUUGUGAUGCAGAUUUUUAUCCAGGCAGCUUUUUCCCAUUUGAUAGAUUUUAACCAGAGUUUUGUCACAGGUACAAAAUUAGGCAAUAUUAUUAAUGUGCGUGUUCACUAGCUGGUGUUGAAAUGUACUGUUUUGAUCAUUUUAAACGGUGUUUUUGUAAAUAUCAGAAAAGCUUAGUCCACUUUAAGGAAUAUCUGCAUGCUGUGGAGGGGGACGAAAAAGAGCAAGAGAAAGGAUAGAUAAUAAGCAAUUUGGUUUUGAAAAUGUGAUAAAAAGCUUGACAUUCUUUGUUCUGCUAUUAAUUCUAUUGAAAUAAGUCAACCUAACCUAUACGCAUUUCAGAUCUUAGUCCGGCCAUGCAGUUCAGCCUAAUGCCUUUUAAAGGUGUUUAAAUGUUUUCCUCCUCAACCUGAUAUCUUUUUUUAAAAAAGUUUUCAGCACAAUAGUUCCACUGUCCUUGUAGUAUGAUUCUUUUGGUCAUGAAUUUUCAGGCCCUUCCAGUAAAAGGAGAAAGGCACAUAGCUGGUUAACAGCGUCGAUUAGUGUAUACAUGAAAAUAAAAGCUUUGAAUAGAUCAAGAAUGGGCUGUUCCAGAGGCGUUGUCCUCAUUUUACUCGGGGAAACGAUGCUCUAGGUUCCCGCUAAAUAAAACGUGACCUGGUCCCCUUCCUCAGUAUACACCUCGAUGUGUGCCAAGCAAACGAGAAUGGGGGCCCUUGGCAAUUAAAGAUGCCAGUAACCAGAUUGAGAUGGACGUGCUGCCAACUGCUAACAGUUGACCUGAGCAGUUCUGACUUGUGCUUGGUCUGUUAGUGUUGGGUUAGACUGACAAGCAGAGUAAAUAAAAUUCAGCUGUCAUAAGACAUACUACAUCUGCUAUCUUAAGGAAACAAAUCAUCCGGAAGAAACUUACUUUCAUCCUAUGGACACACUCCUUUUCUUAAGAACUUGUUUUUCAAGUUAUGACAUUUCCUUUUUUUAAAAAAAUCACUUACAUUCCCCCAAAUGUGGAAUAUUUAACCUAGACGAUUUUGGUUUUCCCUCUCAUUCUUUGUUUUUUUCCUGGGAGGCUCUAAAUGAGUAAGGAGGGCAAUAAGCAGGUGCCUAAGCACUGGAGGGAGUCACCAUUUUUUUAAAGUGAGUAAGGGUUCCUAAGUAGAGGAAUGGUAUCUGCCCUGGUUUGGGGGUAGCUAGAAAAGAAAAUAGUGGAUGCACUGGAAGUGUUUGUUCAAGAGAAAAGUCUGGUACAACUCAGUCUAGCAGAGGGGAGAGCUCCCGUGUCCAAGCGCGUCAUAGGACCCGGUCGGAGGAGCGAGGCAAGGACAGCUGCAUGGAAUAGCUGAGGUUCCCUAGAGUCAGGAGAGCCAACACGGCAGUUGGGGGUUUUUUCUUUUUUUUUUGGAGUGGGAAGUGAUGCUGGAGUCCCUUAGGGAGCGAAAAGAUACAGUGGGUCAUCUAGGUUAUUGACAAAGUCUGUGGUCAAGCCAGGCUCUAACUGUGAUGAGUGGCGUAGGAGUGAGUGGCAGCCAGCAUAGAUGGUCCUUUCUCCAUCAUUACUCUUGUUCACCCUCAUAGCUGGGAUUGUAAUGCUACCUGGCUAAAAGUCCCUUGAUUAAAAUGUCAGCUCAGUCACCUUCCUAUGAAGCAUAAAAGUAACUUUUCUGUUUCCUUUUUCCCCUCAAAGCUAAACCAUGUAUGGCAGUCUUGGUCAUGUUAAUAUUAAGGCCACGUCUAAUCUGUCCCAGCUUCAUUUCCUUAUUUCCUAUAGUUGGGGAGUUGUUCAUGGUAAAUGGUAAUUUUCAAUGACUAUCACGUAAAUUCAGCUGUAAAAUUGAAUUAAUCUAUCAUCACCCUUACCCAAACAUCCAUCCUUCCUUGUGACCUUCCAUUGUCCUCAUUCUUCCCACAUCUUGCACAAAGUGAUGUUUAUGGCCAUUCGGAAAUAACUGGACAUCAAAGACUGUCUUUUUGGCAUUUGUUGAAAAAUCCAAAUGCCUAAUAACAGGGUUAAAAAAAAAAACUAAGCAUUUUUACAAGUAUCCUGAAUUGGAUCAGCAUUAUUGUUCAUUAUAAUGCUAUAUAUAUCUUUGAAGCAACAUACUAUAGUCGUCUUAAAACUAUCUUUAUUCUUCUCCUCUAAAGUGUUGUUGUAAAUUCAUUUGACCUUUACUGGAAAACAAAAAUCUUUUUUAUAUAGAAUAUCAAGACAAGGCUCAGUUUGUAACAAAUAGUGGACCGUUACAAAAGAGGAAAGGAAAAAGCCGGGGCUGAGUAGUGAGAAGCUUCAGUUCAAUUUCACCUCAUAUCUUUCUAAUAACUUACUUGUCACUUUAUUACCUUCCAGUAAUGUGAACGCUGCUGACAAGACUGUCACAUAACAGCAGACAACACCCUCUCUGCUUCAGCCCCAGCUCUCCUGGCUACUUAUUGCCCUGGCCCUGAAGGGACACAAACUAAUAGUGUGCUUUCCAGUUCAGCACUUGGCCAUCAAAUAUAAAAGGAUGCGUAAUUGCCUGUUUAUCCCUUGUGAAGGGGAAAUUGAGUACAAGGGCCCGGCUUUCCCACUCCGUUCCCUGAUGCACAGACACGUUCACCAUCUGUGUCUCUACCUCUCUCUCUCUCUCUCUGUCUCUCUCUCUCGUCUUCCCCUUCCUUCUCUUCCUCCCCUCCCAACACACAAGCACAUACACACACCUACUAAAUUGUGUCUUUGGCAAGCCCCAAGGCUGCCUCCAGGUGCCCUCUCCAGCUAUUAAGUGGACAGUAACAAGAUGACUUCUUAAAUAAAGGGUCAGUGGAGAGAUGCUGGCUGUGACAGCGUUCUUUGCGUCUUUGGAAACUGAAGUAUUGCAAUUCCACGCCCGUCCGUUUUGGGAGCACUGGGUGUGGCCCCAUCAUUAGAGCAAAAUGUCCCAUAAGGCAGUGGCAAAAACAGGAUUAGAUUGCCUUAUCUUCUGUAAGCAAAGCAUUAACACAUUUUUUUUCCCCUUCAAAAAGUGCACAUGUUGUAAACUGGUGGUGCAUGGUGGUAAAAAAAAGUUGUCUUUUAGCUUUGACAUCCAACCAUUGGUCUGAAUGUACACAAGUCUCUCGCAGUGACAACCUCUGAAUCCAUAGUGUAACAUGACAGAUUAAUCUUUAUUUUGUUAAACUGGACUGCCAAUCUGAAAUAAAAAAGGCACAGGGAUUUUCACUUUAAUCACCAAAAGUGGGACUACCCUAUACGUAAAAGUUAAAUUCUCCACUUUGGGAGAAUUUUGUUAAGUACAAGUACAGUGAGCUUUACGAAAUCAAGUGACCAGGAGACAGAGGUACAAAGGAAGAACGUGGGAAAGCGUUACACUCCGAAAUACCUUGAGCCCGAAUAACGCGUAGGUAUUGGCUGCUAUUUUUAUAUGCUGAGCUGCUUAAAUGACAGUUGAAAAGCGGCUGGUUAGACUAAAUGAAGUGCAGCAUCUACUUGUUUGUCUUAGGGAACUAGGGGACUCCACAUGUCCUUCCCACCCUCGGCUGCAGGUUUGAGAGAAGUCGUUGACCCCACUACAAACAGUCACGUUUCCAAUAUAUUUGUCAAUCAAAUAAGACACAUGUAGGUGUCAUCUUUGAUGUGAACCUUUGAAAAGAGAAAGAAGAACCAGAUUUACAGAGAACUUAACAGGUCUAUGUUGACAAACGUGUGCUAAAUAAUUUCAUUAGCCAGUCCAAGGACUGGCAAGAAAAGCACUUUGAGCAAAGAUUCUUAGGGUCGGAGAAAAAGCAGUUGACUUGAUUUUUUUUUUAAGUUCCCCCAGUAUGUAUAUAUUACAAUUGCUUAUCCAACAUCUUCAUAGAAUCUUUAAUUAAUUAAAAACUCGGUUGCCAAAAUUGCACAGAUUCUAUAACUAAUAUUAGAUUUUUUUUCUCCUUUAAAUAAUAGGGAUGCUUAAGAACAUUUCUAAUUUUUUAACAUUUUUUUAGCUUCAUUUUUUUUUUAAGAAUCUUUGAAGGGAAGGAAGAACAGAGAAAGGUAUUUUAACAAAAACGGAGAGAAGUAGAUAGUGUAAAAGUAUAUUUCUUGAAGAGAGAGUAUCUAAGUGCUAUACCAAGACUUUAUAAGGCUUCCUGUUGCCAAAUGUGAUGUUGAAAUAAUGCACAACGAAGAUGGCAAAUCAAUCCGUUAGUAACUGGCUCUGCCCACUUCUCUUAUGGAAUGCGAGAAUUGAGAGGUGACUCUGGGGAGACCCUGGGUGUGUGUGGGAGCUCCACUCACCUGGCCCUGGGAAUGUUUUCCAAAAGAGGGGGAGAAAAGCCCAGCCCCCUGGGCUGUGCCCCUGCAAGGUGAACUGACCUGGCACGUUUCAGUGGGAGCCUGGCUUCCGGCCCCUCCCAUGUUGGGAGACCCAGCAUCGCCCGCCCCGCCUGCGGCUCGGUGCCGUAGCUGUGAGAAGCAUUGAUUCAUGAGGUAUGAUGCUCUUGAACUCCCAGACAAUGUGCUGAGUUAAUAGGUUCACUUGAGAUGUAUAAACCAAGGUUGACUGUUUAUUUUUUUUUCAUCUGGUACUCAAUUUGGAGCGUUUUUGCAUGUCUUUGUACAGAGUAAUCCAUUCCUCUCAUUGCCUAUCUUAAUCUCCCCUCACUUUUCCAUUAUCUUUCACUCCCACCCUUGCUCUUUUUUCUGAUCUCACCCACCCCCUUAAAAAAAAAGUCUUCUAUGAAGCAAGAAGGCGGAACACUCCCUCUUUCAUCCUGGUUUUGGUCGCUUUGGAAACAUUUGUGUGCUCUACCCUGUCCAGCGUUUACUUAACGUGAACUAAGUGAAUGAGAUGUUCUAGCAUUCUGUAUUAAUCUGACAGGACUAUCUAAGACUUACAAUAUAUGGUGCACUUGUUUUCCUGUGCAAACUUUGGUUCAGCUGCCUUGCAGAGAAAUCUUACCGUUUUCUUUCCAGUGCCAGGAUGAAAAGUGCAGGAGAGCUAAAGGUGGGUACAUGGAGGUCUGAGGGGCGAGGAAGGUUGACAAACUAGACUUUGGUGAGAGGUCACUUAGGCCUUUCCUCAAAGGUGGAGGCGAGUUGGGGCUCUGGGAAAGAAAGCUCUCUCUUCUCUCCUACUGAUCAUGGAGCAGUCCUCUGAGAACUAGCAAGAUCCCUCCCGUACCUGGGAGAACACGUAACUUUCUUAUUCACCCCAAACCCACUGAUGUGUCUGAUCACAAAAACAUUUGACUCAACCUGCAUAUUUGACAGCAAAAGUGGCCAAGGGGAAUUGAAAUAUCUUGAGGAAAAGGAAUUUUCACCAAGAUACACUCUCUCCCUCCCCCGGAGUUUGGGGGUUUAUGCUUUUUUGGUGUAUGUUCUCUUCCGCAUCAAACCAGUCUCUUCUGCUGAGCCUGUCGCAGAACCAAAUCUGUACUACAAAAGGUAGCUGCACCAAGGGACCGGGACAGCUCGCAUCUCCCUGAUCUAACCAUCGUGACGUCGGUAGCUUCAUAAAUACUGUAUGUUGAACAACGGUUUUGUUUUUGUUUUGUUUUGUGUUGCUUUUUGGUUUGUUUUUAUUAGUAGUCUACGGGAAUUAAAAGUUUUUAUUUGCUAUCUCCUUUGUUGUAUUUUCUGUACUAUAACUGUCUACAGUAUGUCUUUUGCAUAAAAUGCAUAAGGGUUUGGGGAUGUAAAUGGAAUUUUAUUCAUAUUUUGUCCAAAUACCUCUUGUAAUUUGUAUCAAAAUUCUUGUACAAUUUUUAUAUUAAAGAUUUAUCAGUCAC